AAAAAACCCUUUUAACACAACGAAGAGGUUUGCUUUUUCUCCUCUUUCGGUUUCUAAGAGCCCAACCCAAAUUUAUUGGUUAAUCGAAACUUUGGAAAUUAUUCAUCAGUUGGAGGCCCAAUAAACCGAUUCUUCGCGUCAGAUUGGUGCUUAGAACCCUAAAAAACCUCAAAUUCCUUGCUCCCUCCCGACAUCCGCCCGCUAAAGCUCCAACUUUUCAGGAAAGUGAAGUAUGUGUUGUGUUCAUUCCCGUCACCAUAUACCUUCCCGAUGGAGCUUGACUUGAAGACUGAUACUGAAAAUGGUUCCCUCCCUCAUUCUGGUUAAGCAAGGAGCUGAAGCUAGAGUUUUCGAGUCAGUAUUCGUGGGGAAAAGAUCAUUCAUCAAAGAACGUUUCUCCAAGAUAUACAGGCAUCCUUCUCUUGAUUCUAAAAUCAAUCUCAAGCGUUUAAACGCGCUGCAAGCUAGGUGCAUGAAAAAGGCUCGACGACUUGGCGUUUCGACUCCAGUUCUUCACGCCGUGGACCCUGUGCUCCAUACACUGACUUUUGAGUACGUGGAAGGUCCUUCCGUUAAAGAUAUUUUCCUUGAAUUCGGGCUUAGCGGCGUCGUUCAAGAACGUUUAGAUGAUAUCGCCUCUCAGAUUGGCGUCGCAAUUGGCAAACUGCACGACGUUGGACUUGUUCACGGUCCUUAUCGAUUUUGGUCUGAGCUUUACAUCAACGCUUCUAAAAGACAAAGCUGUGGACUUAUAUGUCCUGGAACGAGCCUUGAUUUCAAUGCAUUCUUCGAAUGUGAUAAACCAUAUACUUGAUGCAUACAAGAAAUCAUCAAAGCAGUGGUCUUCCACUUUUAACAAGCUAGCUUAAGGUGCUAGGGUCUCUGAUCCAUUCCAUGAGCCCUCCUUUCUUCUCUCUAUUUUUAAGUUUAGAAGGGCCUUUACUGUUUACCCCCCCUACUGUAUACCAUCUCUGAUCUCAUUUCUUGUGUUCUUGUUUCACAAUGAACCGCAGUGCGACAAAUGGGCUGAAAACGCACCAUGGUUGGAUGAGCGACCUUCAUAGAUGGGUUAUAAAGUACGAGAAAUCUGUUAAGACUGAUUAAUGCAAUGGAAAGAAAGGUAUUUUCUGUAUGUUGCUAUUGUAAUGUAAUGGUGUACAUAUACAUGAUUUAUUUCUACUUGGGAUCAUGUAGGUUCCUCCCCCCCCCCCCCCCCCCCCGGCUUUCAAUUCUGAAUGCCGUAUUCCAUUAGCUUGUCUUACUGUUGGAUAACUUUUACCACAUUCAAGUUACUAAAAACACAGUCAUUGUAGUCAACUUUGAUAAUUGUCAGGGUUGGCAAAGAUGCAAGGCUGAACUUGUAAAAUGGUGGAUCUUUCUGGUUCAAUUUCAACCAGAGCGCCAUUGGCUUUAUACAUAUUUCAGCAAGAUGAUACUAGAAAUGUUCUUAGAAAGAAAAUUUUCUGGGCCAGCUUUGUGUUGACUUGGACCAUUUUCUAUCCAUUAAGUCCAGGUCUUGCACUUGAAUUGUUUAGCUCCUAUUAUGGGCCAAGGAAAAGUGGUAGUUGACUAUUUGGUGCCUUGGACUCAAUUCCUACUAUCGGUCCAGCCCUAGUAUAUGGAAUUUGUAAAACUUGAUUUAGAUUACAAUUGAAGAAAUUCAUGAAGAAGAUACCAAAAGAAUGGAUCUUAACUCUUGCCAAGGACAGGCAAGCGUGUAU